GUAUCUUGUCUUGUAUCUCGCGCUUUGUGUAGCAGAAAGCUACUUCUUCGCAGCGAGACGGUCGACAGCUUCGGCAAAGUCGCUGAACUUAUAUAAAAGUUCUAUUAUAAAUAUAAUCUUGCCGCGUAUUGUACUCAGUAAAGGGAGAGUCGCGACAUCGAUAAGAAAUGACGUUCUUAAAGGUACUAUGUUUCGCGUUACUCUUCGUCGAAAUUUACGGCCAGGAUCCGGGUUGCCCGGAACAGGAACACGCAGCCCAAACGGUUCAUCUGCCUCAUCCGACGGACUGUGGAAAAUUUCUAACAUGUUUUUGGGGACAAACGAUAGUGCAGAGCUGCCCAGCCAGUCUUCACUGGAACGAUCACCUGAAGACGUGUGACUGGCCAGCAAAUGCUGAAUGUGCUACGGCUGUGGAGGAAGCAGUGGCAUCGUGUGUUUCCGGUGCGCUUCUUUCUCACGAAGAUUGCAACAAGUUCUACAUAUGUUUAAAUGGUGGUCAGCUAGAACAGCGUUGUCCUCCGGGACUGCAUUUCAAUGCGCAGGUUAAAGUGUGCGACUUCCCUGCAAAUGCAAACUGUGGGGUAAAUCCAACUACCUUAGAAUCGAGUAGUAAAACACCCACAACCGACAGUUUAUCAACCGACACUGAAGAAGAAUCAACGACUAAUGGACAAUCUGGAUCAGAAUCGAUACCCACUAGCUCAACUGAAUUGUUAAGUACAGAAACGCCAACUACAGCAGAAGAGGUGACCGAUUCAGAAGAGGAAGUGACGACAACCAAUAGCGACGAGGCACCUGGAGAAGAUUCAUUUACAACAUCCGAUAAAACAACUACAACUGAUGAGACAACCACAGCUGACGAAGCAACUACGCCAGAAGUCGAAACUACAACAGAAGAAGAAACAACUACAACAGAAGAGGAAACUACAACAGAAGAAGAAACAACUAUAACAGAAGAGGCAACUACAACGGCAGAGACAACUACAAUAGAAUGGACAACUACAACAGAAGAAGAAACAACUACAACGGAAGAAGCCAGUACGACUGAAGAGGCUACUGCAACAGAAGAAGAAAUAACUACAACAGAAGAGGCAGCUACAACAGAAGAAGUUACUACAACAGAAGAAGCUACUACAACAGAAGAAGAAACAACUACAACAGAAGAGGCAAUUACGACAGAAGAGGUAACUACAACAGUAGAAGAAACAACUACAACAGAAGAGGCAACUACAACAGAAGAAGAAAUAACUAUAACAGAAGAGGCAAAUACAACAGAGGAGGCAACUACGACUGAAGAAGAAACAACUACAACAGAAGAAGCAACUACAGCAGAAGAAACAACUACAAUAGAAUGGACAACUACAACAGAAGAAGAAACAACUACAACGGAAGAAGCCAGUACGACUGAAGAGGCUACUGCAACAGAAGAAGAAAUAACUACAACAGAAGAGGCAGCUACAACAGAAGAAGUUACUACAACAGAAGAAGAAACAACUACAACAGAAGAGGCAACUACGACAGAAGAGGUAACUACAACAGUAGAAGAAACAACUACAACAGAAGAGACAACUACAGCAGAAGAAGAAAUAACUAUAACGGAAGAGGCAAAUACAACAGAGGAGGCAACAACGACUAAAGAAGAAACAACUACAACAGAAGAAGCAACUACAGCAGAAGAUACAACUACAAUAGAAUGGACAACUACAACAGAAGAAGAAACAACUACAACGGAAGAAGCAACUUCGACAGAAGAGGUUACUACAACAGAAGAAGAAUCAACAACAACAGAAGAGGCUACUACAACAGAAGAAGAAACAACUACAACAGAAGAGGCAGCUACAAUAGAAGAAGUUACUACAACAGAAGAAGAAACAACUACAACAGAAGAGGCAACUACGACAGAAGAAAUAACUACAACAGUAGAAGAAACAACUACAUCAGACGAGACAACUACAACAGAAGAAGAAACAACUAUAACAGAAGAGUCAAAUACAACAGAAAAAGCAACUACAACUGAUGAAGAAACAACUACAACAGAAGAGGCAACUACAACAGAAGAGACAACUACAAUAGAGUGGAUAACUACAACAGAAGAAGAAACAACUACAACGGAAGAGGCAAUUUCGACAGAGGAGGUUACUACAACAGAAGAAGAAUCAACAACAACAGAAGAGGCAACUAUAGCAGAAGAGACAACUACAAUAGAAUGGACAACUACAACAGAAGAAGAAACAACUACAACGGAAGAGGCACCUACGACUGAAGAGGCUACUACAACAGAAGAAGAAACAACUACAACAGAAGAGGCAACUACAACAGAAGAAGAAACAUCUAUAACAGAAGAGGCAAAUACAACAGGGGAGGCAACUACAACUGAAGAAGAAACAACUAUAACAGAAGAGGUAAAUACAACAGAAGAAGAAACAACUAAAACAGAAGAGACAACUACAAUAGAAUGGAAAACUACAACAGAAGAAGAAAUAACUACAACAGAAGAAGAAACAACUACAACAGAAGAGGCAACUACGACAGAAGAGGUAACUACAACAGUAGAAGAAACAACUACAACAGAAGAGGCAAUUACAACAGAAGAAGAAACAACUAUAACAGAAGAGGUAAAUACAACAGAGGAGGUAACUACAACUGAAGAAGAAACAACUUUAACAGAAGAGGCUACUACAACAGAAGAGACAAAUACAAUAGAAUGGACAACAACAACAGAAGAAGAUUCAACUACAACGGAAGAAACAACUACGACAGAAGAUGUGACUACAACAGAACAAGAAACAACUACAACAGAAGACGCUACUACAACAGAAGAAGAAACAACUGCAACAGAAGAGACUACUACAACAGAAGAAGAAACAACUAUACCAGAAGAGGCAACUACAACAGAAGAAGCGACUAUGACAGAACAGACAACUACAACAUUAGAAACAACUACAACUGAAGAAGGAGCAACUGCGACAGAUGAAGCAAAUACAACAGAGGAGGCAACUACAGCAGAAGAAGAAACAACUACAACAGAAGAGGCAACUACAACAGAAGAUGCAACUACAACAGAAGAAGAAACAGCUACAACGGAAGAGGCGGAUACCGCAGAGGAGGCAGUUACAACUGAAAAUGAAACAACUACAACAGAAGAGGCAACUACAGCAGAAGAGACAACUACAAUAGGAUGGACAACUACAACAGAAGAAGAAACAACUACAACGGAAGAAACAACUACAACAGAAGAUGCAACUACGACAGAAGAGACAACUACAACCGUAAACGCUACUACAACUGCAGAGGCAAUACUUGUAGUAUAAAUAUAGAACAGAAGAAGACAUAGCAACAACAUCUGCUAAAUCUACAAGUAUCGAACCGUACACUACAACAACUGAAAUAAUUCAUAAGGGUCAACUAGAAGAAGCAAGCUCUGAUGAAUCGAUCUCUAACAGAAAUGAUUGGACAAAGUGUUACUGUUACAUUUCAAUAGUAAUCGCAUGAUUCUAUUUUGCAAUCGCUGUUACCUCAAUAUUCGAGUUUAAUAAUUUUUGGUAUGGGUUUGACGAGUUGAUAAAGUAUAUCAAUGUCUGGCGCUAUUUUAAAUUCCGGGGAUGACGGGUAGAUGACGGAAUUCGAUGCCUGAUGCCAUUUCAAACUGCAAAAGGGCAAUUUGCGGUUGAACUAAAAUGAAUUAGACGAUUAAAUAGCGGACAGCGAUGUGUAACCGAUGUUUCAUCUCAAUUUCGACCAACCUUCACUCAUAAACAAGGCAAAGUACGAUCAUCUGAAUAAACAAUUUAAACGCCUUCCAGCUAUCCAGCAGUGUGCUGGGAAAAAAUCAUGGCGUUGAAGAAAUAGGAAGCAGAAAAUGUUAUUAAAUUUCAUAUAAAUUAAAUAAAAAAAGCAAAUGAUGCAAUAGUCAA